AUGAUUCCACCAACGUCUUCUCAGCAGCCAUUACUUCGAUGUUCACUGAUUGCGAUAGGUAUGGUAGUCUUCUUUGCGAGCCAAGUCAUAUUCAUGAAGUUUGAGGGAGCCUUGUCCAUCAUUAACAGCUUUCAGAGCGAGGGCGAGGAUAUAGACAUCGACCGAGAAGAGAGAGGAAUAUUUGACGAUACUGCCACCACAAACACCACCACAAACAACAACAAGUAUACCAUUGUGAUUGGCGAAAACGGAAAAGCUCCAACGACAAAUGGUAACGAUGAGGAUUCAUCGUCGUCAUUACCCUUGUGCACACGAGAACAAAUCCGAAAAGGUUCAUGGCAGGCAGUCGAACGACCACAAGGGGCAUCAUAUCUGGCCAAAGUGAAUUGGGAACAGACCUGUUGGAAAAAAGAAGAAACGGCAAUGGAAAAGAUUCCAGGGUUCCAAUAUGUGGAACAUCAAUGGGUCAUACCAAAAGAAUAUGGUUGCACAUUUCGACAGUUUGAUGCCGAACGACUAUGUCACAUACUUCAAAAUCGAACCAUCGCCUUUUUGGGCGACUCCUUGACUUUUCAGCAAUACAAUUCCCUCGCGUACUUGACGGAUGCCAGAGACAUUCUUCGGUUUCCGUCCAAAUGCUUUAGCCAAGGAUGCGCCAACACGACUUCUCGAUUGUAUUGGCUCCGUGACAAUCAAGCCACGGCAGAAAAGUGGACCACCAUGAUCCGCAACAUCAGUCCCGAAAUUGUGGUUCUCAAUCGGGGCGCCCACUACACUCCGACCAAUCAAAUGCUAACCGAACUGGAAGAUACUCUCGAAACCGCAUUGGAAUGGCAAAAGGAUUGCGAUGAAAAGGAACGAGACUGUGUCCUAUUGUGGCGAACGACGGCGCCAGGAUAUCCCGAUUGCCAACAAACUCCGGGACCGAUUACCAGUAUAGCUCAGGCCAAAGCGGCCAUUGGCAAUCAAACUUGGUACGAACAAGAAGAAUUUCGUCAACAGUUUCAUUGGUGGGAAUUUGAGGAACAAAACAGGCAAGUGGAAGAUCUCAUUCAACAAUUCAUUGCGAAAAAGGACUUGAGAAUAUCCUUCUUGGACUUUUAUGACUUGGCAAUCUUGAGACCGGAUCAUCACAUGAGUGAAAAGGACUGUUUGCAUUGGUGUCAACCUGGACCAAUGGAUGCGGCGAAUACUCUGCUAUUGCACGAAUUGGAAGUUGCUAGAGUACGAAAACUCGAGGGGAAGCAAUAA